AGGACGGAAGCCUGUGGGAGCCCUUGGCCUUUAAAGUGCGGUUCAGCCUUUUCCUCCAGGGCUAGUUUGUAAACACAGCUGUGCUCUGGGCUCCCGGGUGACCGAGUGAAUCAUGAAUUAGUGACCUGGACAGGGAUACUAGAUAGAAACUUGAGAAGUACUUGAUAAGAGAUUCCUAGCAGCGGAAGCAAUAAAACCCAUGGCCCACCAUCUGGAAAGAUUUAACCCACAUUGCAUAUCUUACAAAUGGGAACAAGUAUUCUGGCCAUGAAAAAGAGGACAUGAUAAGUUGUUCAACCUAUGAAAUUCAAGUUACGUGUGAAAGCUGCCAGGCAAUACAAGGACCUGUGGAAUAUGAGUGAUGACAAACCCUUUCUAUGCACUGCCCCUGGAUGUGGCCAGCGUUUUACCAACGAGGAUCAUUUGGCUGUCCAUAAACAUAAACAUGAGAUGACACUGAAAUUUGGUCCAGCACGUAAUGACAGUGUCAUUGUGGCUGAUCAGACUCCAACACCAACGAGAUUCUUGAAAAACUGUGAAGAAGUGGGUUUGUUUAAUGAGUUGGCAAGUCCAUUUGAGAAUGAAUUCAAGAAGGCAUCAGAAGAUGACAUCAAAAAAAUGCCUCUAGACUUGUCUCCUCUUGCAACACCCAUCAUAAGAAGCAAAAUUGAGGAACCUUCUGUAGUAGAAACAACUCAUCAGGAUAGCCCUUUACCUCAUCCAGAGUCUACUACCAGUGAUGAAAAGGAGGUACCAUUGGCACAAACCGCACAGCCCACAUCAGCUAUUGUUCGUCCAGCAUCCUUACAGGUUCCCAAUGUGCUGCUUACAAGUUCUGACUCAAGUGUAAUUAUUCAACAGGCUGUACCUUCGCCAACCUCAAGUACUGUAAUCACCCAGGCUCCAUCCUCCAAUAGGCCAAUUGUCCCUGUCCCAGGUCCAUUUCCUCUUCUGCUACAUCUUCCUAAUGGACAGACCAUGCCUGUUGCAAUCCCUGCAUCCAUUACAAGUUCCAAUGUGCAUGUCCCAGCUGCGGUCCCACUUGUUCGACCAGUCACCAUGGUGCCUAGUGUUCCAGGAAUCCCAGGUCCUUCUUCUCCUCAGCCAGUACAGUCGGAAGCAAAAAUGAGAUUAAAAGCUGCUUUGACCCAGCAACAUCCUCCAGUUACCAAUGGUGAUACUGUGAAAGGUCAUGGUAGUGGACUGGUCAGAACUCAGUCAGAAGAAUCUCGCCCACAGUCAUUACAACAGCCAGCCACAUCCACUACGGAGACUCCGGCCUCUCCAGCUCACACAACUCCACAAACCCAAAACACAAGUGGUCGCCGAAGAAGAGCAGCUAAUGAAGAUCCUGAUGAAAAAAGGAGAAAGUUUCUGGAGCGAAAUAGAGCCGCAGCUUCAAGAUGCCGACAAAAAAGGAAAGUUUGGGUUCAGUCCUUAGAAAAGAAGGCAGAAGAUUUGAGUUCAUUAAAUGGUCAAUUGCAGAAUGAAGUCACCCUGCUGAGAAAUGAAGUGGCACAACUGAAACAGCUUCUUCUGGCUCAUAAAGAUUGCCCUGUAACCGCCAUGCAGAAGAAAUCUGGCUAUCAUACUACUGAGAAAGAUGAUAGUUCCGAAGACCUGUCAGUGCCAAGUAGUCCGCAUACAGAAGCUAUACAGCAUAGUUCUGUGAGCACAUCCAAUGGAGUCAGCUCAACCUCAAAGGCAGAAGCUGUGGCCACGUCCGUCCUCACCCAGAUGGCAGACCAGAGUACAGAGCCUGCGCUUUCACAGAUGGUCUUGGCUCCUUCCUCCCAGCACAGCCCUCAGGAAGUUGAUUAAAACCCUGCGGUCCAACAGUUUUAGAUACUCAUUAGUGACUUCAAAGGAAAAUCAAGGAAAGACCAGUUUCCAUUUAUUCGAAAUCUGUGGUUGUAAUUUUUUUUUUUACUUGAAAUAAAAUUUGGGUCUAAAGUUGAUGUAGCAGCAGUUGAUCAGACUGAACAAGUUUUUAAGUCUGGAAAAAGACUGAUUUUGCUUUUUUUAUAAAUAUUGUUAGAUUUAUUAAUUUUUCUGUGCUCAAUGUGUAUAUUGUAUUAUAAUUCAUUGUGGUUUAUUUCAGUUUUAAUUUGGUGGUGUUUUAAUAAAUGGGGGUGUUAAUGAAUCUCUUCCCACUUCCAUUUCUUUUGCCCACUCCUUAGCCUUCAACUGUAGUGGUUGUCUUAUCAUUUGUACCAAAGUUUUGCAUAGGGACUGUUGACUUUGUAAUAUAUCCAAAGUCAUAAAGCACUAGGCAAGAGAAAGAUAGAAAUUUGCUUUUAAUCUUUUUGCCUUUAUUUUGCACAUUAUGCAAAAGGAAGAUUGUUAGAGAACAGCUUCUUUAGUGAAAACAUGGGAAAAGACAUACAGUGCUUUUAUGUGCAUUCUUAAGCUAAAAGUCAUUAAUAAUACUGCAUUUUCUUUUAAGAGUUUAAGUAGACAAAAAUUUUGAAAAAUUCAGCAUUUCAAAAAUGAUUUUUUUUUAAGUCUUCAGUAUUUCAAACCUAUGUUUUGAGGCUGAAAAUAUGAAAUUAUAUACUGUAUGAUAACAGGGUUAUCAGGUAUCUAGUAAUUUUUGAAAACUCUUAUUUGGAGCUUUUUGUUUUUAUUUUUGUUUUUGCAGAUUUCAGGUUACAAACUGAGAAGUUUAUGCAUAAUCAAGUAUGGUAUGGUUGCCAGAAAAGCCUAAAAUGACUACUUAGAAAAUUUCAGACUGUUUACCCCCAUUGUCUUGUACUUGCGAGCUAACUUGUACUUAUUCUUGUGAAAGCACUGUCAUCUUUUAGUAGCAAAUUUUGAUAAUGUUUCUUGUGGAAAAAAAUCAGUAUCUAUCUUUAGAACAAUGUAAUUAUAAUGUGGGAAAUGUCAGUGAGUGAGUGAGAGUGUGUGUGUGUGUGUGUGUGUGUGUGUGUGUGUGUGUGUCUUUCAAUAGUUUAUGCCAGCAAUCUUUGCUUGAAUGUUUAAUGAUGCCUUCAGUGUGAUGCUGGCCGAUAGAUGACUGCAGUUUAAAAAUGUCAUUAUGUGCAGGCUUGGAUAAUUAACAUUCCAUGAUGUAGCUUGUUUCUGAUGAGAUGAUUGUAGGUACACUUUUCUCAUUAUUCAGUCAUCUGUGGGAUACUGAGUUUUCUAAUGUGCCAUUAUCUAUUUUUAUUCUGCAGUUAUGUUCAAAAUACAAUACAAUAUUUUAAAUAGACUAAAUUGUUAAACAAUAAAAAUUAAAAAGUAGUAGAUGUGUGUAAGAAAACUUUGUAAAAUAGUUGAGUCCUACCCAGUAGCAACUUCUGGCAUUUGAGCAGAAUUCCAUUAUGUAAAUAUAUGUAAUGCAUUUAUAAUAAGUUUGCUCUGUAUCCAUACUACACCAUUUGCUAAAGUCUCGGUACCAUCUCCUAAUGAGACUGACAUUUUAAAAGCCUAUAUGGAGUAUCCUUGAUGAUUCAAGGGAGUAUCCCGCCUGCCUAAGUUCCAAACUGGGAAACAUACAAAUUAUACAAAUGAUAUUUCAGGGUUUUUAAGUAUGAAGAUAAUAGGAGUUUUAUUGCUGGCUUAUUAAAAAUGAGAGCAUUUUUAGUUGGUCUACUUCUAAAAUUUUUCAGUUUUUUUAAUUGAUUUCAUAAAUAUAAUCAAUUUCUAAUCAUGAUUUUGCUGUAAUUCCACUGAGUUGAUCUCAGAGGCACAAAAUAUGAAUCCUACAAGAAGACUUAUUCUUUACUGUAGUUUGGAUGAGUUAGGAAAAGCCUCAAUUUUUUACUUUCCUAAGUCCUUCACUGCAUUUUUUUCUUUCCUCUUAUUUAUGCAAGUUAAAGUUUUUGGUAACAGAAUUCUUGCAACUGUAAAAUAAGACUACAUAGAUGUAAGAAGUCAUGUAAACGGUUAAUGAUCUUACCAAGGUUAGCAAAACUUUCAUUGUAAAUCAAUCUGUACUCAGCAAAUAAAAAUCAUUAUUAGUUGUAUAAACACAGAUUCCAUUUUGACUUUCAGGAUGUCACACUACUGUACCUAGCAUUUUGAGUCCUUAUAUUUGCAAUGUUACACAAACUGUACUAUUUUCUUUUAUGUGCAGUUUGCAUGAGUAAACCAUCAGAGAAUAAAUUCUAUCUUUAAAUUACA